AUGUCAGACAAAAUUGAAGAAUUGUCGAGAAAGUUUGCAGAAAAUGUGUUGGAAGAAAACGCAAGAAGCGUUGGAUUAUUUCCAAUACCAGAAUAUCCCGAAUUCGAGCAGCGCGGCAUGUGGUCAUCAGUUUUAACCAUUCUUCUGACGACGUUGCGAUACCUCGCUCCUGCAACUUUGCUGACUUUGCUCUGGGUUCAGCCACACUGUGUGUUGAAACUUCUAAAAUACAUAGACUCGGCCGUAAGAUCUUUAGCAUUCUCCAGUGAAGAACAAAAAGAGGAUAUUUUAAAAUGGCUAGCGGAAGCCGGACCGGUGCGAGUCGACUCACUAGACGUCGUUUGGAGACAGGGUUGGAUAGUAUGUGGAGUUCUGGACAUGGCAUUGCCAGGAGCCUGUGCUGGACAUCCACCCUCAAAACUCUCGUUAAAGCACGCUCAAGUUAUCGCUGAACAUUAUCUUGGUGUGGAACCAAUCUUUACCCGACAGGAACUAGAAGCUUACGAAUCACUCAGUAAACACCAAGAAUAUAAGCUACUAAAUUUUUUAGAGAACAUACGUCUGGCUAUAUCGAAGUUAAAGCCCCCUUCACCAAAACAUAGGACUAUGGCAACCCAAAAAAAUGUAACAGAACCGUUGCAAAACUGCUUGGAUUACGUUGCAAAAGGCUCGGGUCUAACAGCCAUUCAAAUAAAUAAUAAAGUAUACUUUAAAAUAUAUCCAUCAGCUCAACAAUCUCUGAAUCCAGACGAAAUUACUAUUACAAUAUACGGCCCUCGAGGAGUUUAUGGCAGAACUAUUUUACAACCAAUAUUGGGUAAAGCUCAAUUAAUAAGACAAAAUUUGUUAAAGAAACAGCCAAAAUCGAUUUACACUGAAAAUGCUCUGCCAAUAACACAAGGUACAACUUACAUGAGGUCUUAUGGAAGAAAUGAUGUUAAUAAGACUUUUUUUAUUCCAAAAACUAAAUAUGAUAUUGAAAUUGAAACUGAUGUAAAAGAAGAUCACGCACGUGUAAGCUAUACUGCUUCUUUAGAAGGGAAAUACAAAAUCUCAAUAACAAGUAGAGGGCAGAAUAUUGUUGGUUCUCCAUUUAUUGCCACAGCUUCUAAAAAUGUGGUUGAAAUUUUUGAAAAAGAUAACUUUUUCCUUGAGAACGGGGAAGAAAUAAAUAUCUUGGAUACCAAAACUGAUAAGAAUGUUGUUUUAAAAGUUGUUGAUUACGGGGCGGAGAAAAUGCUUUUAAAAGAAAGUGGUGCACCAGAAAAAAUACACAAAGAAGAAUACACAAAGAAGAAAUUGAAGAAAUCAACUUUUCGCUCCAUUAAUAAUAACCUAUUAGUUGAAGAUAAAGCUAAGGAUAGGUAUACGGAAAAUGAGCAGACUCAAGAAAAGUUCUAUAAUACAGCCUUGAAAGUUAUGACUAUGAAUCGUGUUUGUAAAGUGCUACAAAAUGUGAGAGAAAACUCGAGCUCAAGAAAAAUUAGCUUAGUCAGAUCCACACAAGACAUACCAGAUAUUGUCAAUUCAACAUUUUAUGAUGAUCAAAUAAGUCAAAUAAUUCAAGAAAAAAACAAUAGAAUAAUUGUUCCCCAAAACAUUUCCGUGUCUAUUUUAACUGAAAAGUCAAAAACUUAUAUCGAUGACAUAGAAGUCAUCGAUACAUGUAACAAUAACAUUCAAUAUUUGAGUCACGGUUUGGAAAAUAUUGUUAAACUUAAAGAUGACCUUUUUGAAGAAGAUACCAUUUCAGUAGACACCACACAAUCGUCAAGCAAUCCCUUUUUAUGUGAUAGAUAUGAACAAAAUUAUGAGGUAGGAAAACAGUUUGGAUCUUUCGUACCAAAUGAAUAUGAAACCAAUAAUUCCCAAAGCGAAGAAACUGAAGAUUCUGUUGUUAAAUUAUUAGAUGAUUACCAAGACCACAAUAAUACUGGUAAUAAUCCUUUCAUUGAUUAUAACAGUAGUAACUUACUUUCAUCAAGUCUUAUAGGUGAUAACACAAAGUCAAAAACUAUCAGAGAACACACCGAUUCUGUAUAUCUUGAUUCUGAAUAUGAUAAUGAGUUAGAUGAUGUAAUGUGCAGUAGUGUAAAGAACAAUCCUUUUAUAAAACACGAAAAAUACCUGUCCCAAUUACAAAAUGAUAAACCUGAUUUCAUUAUCGGUGCACCUGUAUCUAUACCGCAAGUUUACUUAUCGUCUCCAAGCGAAAAUCAAACAAACAUCUCUGAAAUAAGUACAACAAAUUGUUCUUAUAAUAAAAAUAAGCUAAAAGAUUUACAAAACCAAAACUCAACGAUGCCUCAUGAAUAUUCAAAUCAAGUUGAGGAUGUAACUAAAAAUUCCAAUUAUAAUAGCCUAGAUUCAAAUAAUAGUUCCAAAAUUACCACUUCACAAUCAAGUAGAGAACUGUCACCAAAAACUGAUAUUUGGGACUCUGCGUAUGUUAGUAUAGACGAAAAUAUUUAUGCUGAAAGUACCUCAAGUGAAUCUAGUAACAGCAAAAUAAAUAAUCCCGAAAAGAUAUACUCUCAAACACGUCCUAUAAUAAGAGAUAUAAAAUACAUUGAUGAAGACGAUGAUGCAAACAAAUAUGAAAUAAAACGAUCUGAAAUUACACCCAUAAUUGAAGAGAACGAAAGGAGCUUUAUAUUUGGCAUGAAGGAACCGACAUCUGGAACUGACCCAGUGGUGACCGCAUUUACUGAACUUGAUGAUAUUUACGACGAAAUAUUUUCGAACUCAGAAGUAAGUUCAGAAACUACUAAUCAAGACUACAAGAAAAAUUUUGAAAUUGAACAUGUUACAGAAAACGAUGAAGUCUGUGUCAAUUCAGCAUCUGAUAUUAUAACAGAUGUGAAAAGACAAACGAAACUAGGAGAAGGAAAGAUUUCUGAGGUUCAGGAAAAUGUCACUGAAUCCGUUUCAGUAAGUCAAAACCUUCAUGUCAAGGAAAGCUUUUGCGAAAAAAACAAUAAUCGACUUGAUAACGAAACACAAUUUGGAGACCCAAGAUUUAUAAAUAUUGUUUCUGAAAAGAAAAAGUAUUGGGAUGAAAGAAUCCGAGAAAUCGAAGCUAAAUCCGAAGAAAUAAAAGUAUUUCAAACUAAAAGACGUCUCUCUGGUAAACAUUUACGACGCAAUGAUUCUUUGACCAAAAGAAAAGGGAAAAAAAUUGUCCAACAUAUUUUAAAAUCAGGGCAAGAAGAGUAUGAAAAAUAUGUCAAAGAAAAAUGUGAACCAAUUAACGAUAAUGUCCAACAAAUUGAAAUAUUUAACUCCACUGAACGAAAAGAUAUCGAUAGUAACAACCACGAACAAUUUACUUGUUUCGGAAAAAAAUCCUCUGAAAGUAAGGCGAGAUCAGUAAUCGAUACACUGAAAGACAUCAAAGUAAGUAGUGAAGAUUUAGUAGAUAUGGUUACUGUUGUUGAGACACCUGUAACGGAAUUAAACUUAAAACAAGAAUUAUCAGAGAAAGUAUUCCAAGCAUUCGAAACCAGUCCCAAAAGGUUCUUUGGCACUUCUAGAAAACAUAUUUUAAAUAAGAUUGAUACUUUUCUAGGACUACCGCAUAAUGAACAAGAGACGAAAAAAAUCAAAAUAGACGUUAACCACGAAAGCGGCCUAGUUUCUAGUCGUAUUUCAUUAUUUCACAACAUAUCCAAUACAGAAGAAUUACCUUGGGCACGAAGAAAAAGUAAAUCGAUGCAUAACCUGGCCUGCAUAGAUAGUAACAAAAAACUUAGUGUGCAAAAUGAACCUACACCUCUGUUACCAAAUCCAUCUCAAACUUGUGAUAAUUCUAUACACUCUGAAAAUUCUGAUUGCCUUAAUAGCCCUAAACGAAACUCUACCAUAAGAGUAUUAACAGAGGAUCAAAAUACGCCACAUCAAAAACAAGCUGAAUUAACACAAAGCAUCAGUCUCGACGAAACGUCCUCACGACCCGUUCCUGACAAUUUUAUUAAUACAGAAACAAAUAAUUACGUUAAAAAGACUAUCAAAGAUUUGAAUAAACAAACUAAUCAGUCUAAAAGGGAUUCUUCAGUUAAGAAACUUAAAUCCAUUAGCAAGUCGGAAAUGGACAUAUUUAGCAGAACAACCGACGUCGCUCAAGAUGACGGUUUAGAUAAACAUAAAUCUUACGAAGAACUGCCAAAAAUAUGCGUAAAGAAUUUUAUAUCACACUAUGAAGAUGUUUCUAAGAAGUCCAAUUUGACACAGAAAACUUACAAAUUAAACUCGGCCGGUUUUACAGAUAAAAAGCAAGUGCGGGAUUCAUUUCCAGAUACGUCACAUUCGAAAACUCUAUCAGUUGAAGUUCUGACAUCUGAAAAAGUAAAAUCGCCUGAUAUGGAUGAAAAUAAGAUAAAUCUUUCUACAAACGAAGCUAUACAGUUAUUUGAAAAAUUGGAUUCUGGAGAUAAAAACAAAAAACAGUCAACAAAUACUUCAGUUAAAGGAAAUCAAGGUGAUGAUGUAACUUAUUUAAGUUUCUCGGAUAUUGAUCUAGAAAUAGUUGAAAAAGAAGAAGAUAAAUCUGAAGAAACUUGGGCACAACCUGAAGCAGAAAAGGCUCAUUUAGAAUACAAGAAUCGGUUUACGAUGGCAAAAAAAUAUUUUCAAUCACUGGAAGAGCUAAGGCACGAAAGAGGAAAUAUUAAAAAGGAAUCACUCCAUACUUCCGUCGAAUCUCUUAAAGAUAAAAGCCGUCCUAAGAAAAGAAGCAACAUCAAAAAGUCUAACUCAAUGCCGUCAUCUGAAAUUGCGAAGAUAUGGAAUCAAAUGCAAGAACAAAAUAAUACAGAUGAUACCAAAAAGUUCGUUAAGAUUUCAGAAAAAUUUCACGUUGAAGAUUUAUUUGAAGACGUAAUGGAGGGAAGACUGAGCCGACAGGGAAGUUUAAGAGGCAUUCCUCAUAAAAAAGCCGUCCUUGAAACCUUUAGAUCCAUGGAAAAUAUAUCAGACAACAGAUUGAAUUCCUACGAAAUGGCAGUUGAGCAGUUAAAUGAUUUCGCAAAGGAAAACCAGGUCCGAAAUGCGCAGACCUAUUUGAGUGAAUAUCCUUACUUGCCUACAACUGAUCCGUCCAAAUAUCACUCCAGAUUGGAUACAACCGCAUCUGGGUUGAUUACUUUUAAGGAGUUAAAGAAGAUACCACGAAGAAAUAGUGUACCAGACUUAAGAUUGAAUCCAACAUUUACGGCUGACCUUUGA